CAGUUUGGACCAGUCUUCAGAGUAAAGGCAAUGGCAUUUUAUCCAGUGCAAAUUGCUGGACUGGUUCUUGGGUUCUCCGGCGUGGUUGGGACCCUUGCCACAACUCUUCUGCCUCAAUGGAGAGUAUCAGCUUUUAUUGGCAGCAACAUUAUUGUCUUCGAGAGACUCUGGGAAGGGCUCUGGAUGAACUGCAUCCGACAAGCGAGGGUCAAGCUGCAGUGCAAGUUCUAUGACUCCUUGUUGGCUCUCCCUCCUGUCCUGGAAGCAGCAAGGGCACUCAUGUGUGUGGCCGUGGCUCUCUCCUUGAUCGCUCUGCUUAUUGGGAUCUGUGGCAUGAGGCAAAUCCAGUGCACAGGCACCAAUGAGAGGACCAAAGCAUACCUUCUGGGAACCUCAGGAGUCCUCUUUAUCCUGACAGGCUUCUUCGUUCUGAUUCCAGUGUGCUGGACGGCCAGUAUCAUCAUCAGGGAUUUCUACAACCCAGCCAUCCAUAUAGGUCAGAAACGAGAGUUGGGAGCAGCACUUUUUCUUGGCUGGGCAAGCACUGCUGUUCUCUUCAUUGGAGGGGGCCUACUCUGUGGAUACUGCUGCUGCAACAGAAAGAAGCAAUGGCACAGAUACCCAGUCCCUGCUUACCGUGUGCCACACACAGAUAAGAAAAGAAACGUGACAGUGCUUAGUAAGACCUCCACCACUUAUGUCUAGUACUUGCUGUCAG